AUGCAUCCAAAAACAUUCCAUUACCAAGCAUGUUCAUCAUUUCGUGUGCGUGAUGAGGAUAUAUUGUGUAUUAGUCAGUGGAAGAAUUUAAAGUAUCUGCAGUUGUCUGGUUUACAUGGAAUAUUAAAGGGUCAUAGUUUAAUUGCUAUAGCCAAAGGUUGUAUCAAUCUUCAACAAUUGUAUAUUGCUUAUCUAGGACUAAAUGGCAAUUGUAGCUACAUGCUUUCAUUGUGUUCAGCAUUACCACAUUUUAAAAAUCUUCUAGACUUUCGUUUAGAACAACCACAUAUGAAAUUAGAUCAAACAUUUUUCUCAGCUUGUACCUCUUGUAAACAUUUAGAAAGAUUGUGUAUUUUGUCUAAAAAUGGGAGUUUUGACUCUGAUGGUGUGACGAGUUUUGUAGAAGAUGUGUCAUCAUUAAUAGUGCUGCAGUUAUUCACUGGAUCUACUUUAAGUUCAUGUAGAUCUCUACAGAAGUCUUUGUCUUCGAAAUAUAAACAUACAAGACCAGCCUUAUUCGUUACCAUACAUCCAUUGUUUCAUAAUGAAAUGCCUCAAAUGAGCUCUAACAUACCAGCUAAGCACUUAGAGGAUAUUACAAUUCUGGGAUCUGAAGUGUGUAGAAAACCUCCAGGAUGGCAAUGGUAA